AUGGGUUCAUCUGAAAACCGCGUCACAGGUAUCCCGGCAAAGGAUGCCAAACAGGCACUUGCCGAUGAUGGGUUCGACGACUGCAUGUCGUGCAGAGUGACUGGCUCUGCUGCUUUUGUUGGCCUCGGUGUCUACAGCUACUACACGGGAAUGAGCAACCUCCGCAAACAAGAAAAGGCAAUCAUGGCGGGCCCUACGAAAUACAAGAUGGGUUCCAGACAAUUGGGAAUUGCCACGAUAUCCGCAACGCUGGUCGGCAUGGGAUUAUGGCGGGCAUUCAACUGA